ACCGACUACAUGUGGUUUGUUGUCAGAGUGUCAAAAGUGUCGUGAACUUGUCGAUUUAGCGUUCGAAAGUGUGCAAGUGUUUCGCGUUUUGUAUGAAAAGUGUGUAAAAUGUCAGAUGUUGCGCGGAGCGAGUGGCGCGGGAACGCGGCAUUUUUUAGAUUCCGAUAGGAUUCGAAAGUUGAAACCUGCAUGUUUAUGAACGAUGCAUUUGUACGUGUUUAAGCGUUAAUUUUAGUGCGAAGCUGUGAUUAUUUUUAUCGUGGAAAAUUGUGUGACAAAAUGAGGCGUACGGGAUUGUGUAUUUUUGACGCGGCGCUAUGGUGCUUCGUGGUGUACCUGCUGGGACACAUGCCGACGAUAGAGAUGAGAGUGGACGAGCUGGAGCAAGCGGCACAGAAGUACAGGAGUCCAGAGCCAGUACCAGCAUCCACACCAGCACCCAUAUACCCCAAGCCCAACAUGAAACUGGGGAAGUGUUUCCACCUGGACCGUUCCCAGUGCCCCACCAAGGAGCUGCGCUGUGACACCGUGGACCCUACCUCUGUGUUCUGCUGCGACGUGGACAGUUUCACGCUAAAAGAAGGCCUCACUGCAUACAUGAAACAGAACAUUACAAAUCUCCACGUCCUGAAUGCCACCAUAACGGAGCUCGACCUUUCACAGUCCGUGUUCCGACGACUGGCGUCCAUGGCGCUUACUGACGGCAACAUCGGACAGAUUGUUGGUCAGUUCCCAAAACACUCCUCAAUAGCCUGCCUCAACAUCUCAAACAACAACCUCACGACGGCCAAACUGCCGACCACCCUGCGGCCGUUCGCCUACCUCUUCAACCUCACCGUGUUGGACGCGUCGGCGAACAACCUCACGGAGUUCCCGCUUAGCCUGGUGCAAAGUAAUCGGAAGAUUUUCAUAGACAUGUCAGGGAACAACCACAUGCCGUGCAAAGAGUUCCAAAUGGCCAUGGACAGCAACAAUUCCCUCGUGACGUUCCUGAACUACAACAAAACGUAUUGUGUGCGCGACAUACGCUUCAACGACAGGCAGUGGUUCCAAGAGAAGUCGUUUCUGCAAAUUGACCAUCUUAAAGUUCAAAAAGAGCUAACUAACAUCUGCCGCAACAUCAAGCCUUUGGACGCGAACUGCACUUGCUUCCUGGACAGACUGGAACUGAUGCAUCUGGAGUACAUGGUGACGGUGGACUGCACGCAGCGGCACCUGAAGGUCAUGCCGACGGAUCUGCCGCCGAACACUUGGAAGCUGAACGUGUCUUAUAAUAAUGUGAGUUGUAGCUUUAAACUGCACUUCCUGGAGACUGGAACACAUCUGGAGUACAUGGUGACGGUGGACUGCACGCAGCGGCACCUGAAGGUCAUGCCGACGGAUCUGCCGCCGAACACUUGGAAGCUGAACGUGUCUUAUAAUAAUGUGAGUUGUAGCUUUAAACUGCACUUCCUGGAGACUGGAACACAUCUGGAGUACAUGGUGACGGUGGACUGCACGCAGCGGCACCUGAAGGUCAUGCCGACGGAUCUGCCGCCGAACACUUGGAAGCUGAACGUGUCUUAUAAUAAUAUAACGAGCCUAGAAGCGGUAGGGGACGACCCGUCAUACGAGCUUCUCAAGAUACUCAUAGCAGACCACAACGAUAUAGAGAAUAUUGGUCCUUUGGAGGGGACCAAUUUUGCUGACAACUUCAUGCUGUUCUCAAUCACGCACAACAAGCUGAAGAAUAUCCACACGUACAUGCUGUCGAACAUGUUCGACAACCCGGGGUCCUACAACACGUUCCUCAUCGGCGGCAACUACAUACACUGCGACUGUAACACAGAGAAAGUCAUCAAACCAUGGCUAAUAGAAGUCUCAAAAACCAUCCUCGACUACAAAGAGCUUUACUGCGAAGACAACAUGGGCCCAGUUGUAGAACUUAAAGAAUUCCAAGUCUGCCACACUCCGAGAGACUGGACCGACUACAUCUACUACAUUAUCACUCUAGAAGUCUUAAUUCUAGUGCUUCUAAUUAGUAAAGUAUCUUAUGAUUACUGGAUAUUCAAGACGGCAGGCUACUUGCCGUGGCCGGCUAAUAAGAUGCCGCGUCUGCCCUGUGAUUGGCUGUGUGAGUGACGCGCUGAUUGGUGGAUAUUGGUGCGAUGUGAUUGGCUCGCGCGUGGCAGGUCCAUGCGUUUUAGUCUGGAGUCUCAGAAGUU